CUCUCUCGGACUGGCCAGCAUCACCCUCCACGUACACGCUGUCCUCCCUCCCGCAGCAUUCCUACCCGCCUCGGCCUGUGUGUACGCGGGGCUGACCCGCAGAAGGAGGAGGAGGUGACAUCUAGCCUCUGGUGGUCGUGGGCUGGUUGCAGACGUUUACGUGCGGACCGUGCAGCAGCAGCAGGAGCAGAUCUCCAGCGAGGAGGAACCAUUAGUGCUGUGUUUUAUAAUUCAGGAGGGGGAAGUCACGACCAGAGGAGCCCCCUCUCUCCCCGUGUUUUGUUUUCUUUCUGCCUGUUAACUCCAGACCCCUCCACAAACCCCCGACCGCCACCGCCACAGCCACCAUCGUCACCGGUACCGGCGGGAGCUGUGUGAUGAGGUCGCCCUGCAGCAGCGGUUCGGUAACGCCAAGAUAAAGCGGCUGUUUUCGGUUGUUGCUGUCGGGACGGUGCUCGGCGUCAGCCCGGGAAAAGUGAAGAAAAACACCGCAGGACAACGAAGCUGCUACCGGGGCUGAGGGAAACGCCGAAUAUCCAUGAGCUCCGAUUUCCCACACUACAGUUUCAGGAUGCCAAAUAUAGGGUUCCAGAACCUUCCCCUUAACAUCUACAUUGUGGUGUUUGGGACAGCCAUCUUUGUCUUCAUCCUCAGCCUCCUCUUCUGCUGCUACUUAAUAAGGUUACGGCACCAGGCGCACAAAGAGCUAUAUGCAUACAAACAAGUCAUUCAGAAGGAAAAAGUCAAAGAGCCAAAUUUGCAUGAGAUAUGUGCGGUGUGCUUGGAGGAGUUCAAACAGAAAGAUGAGCUGGGGAUUUGUCCAUGUAAACAUGCCUUUCAUAGGAAGUGCCUCAUUAAAUGGUUGGAGGUGAGAAAAGUGUGUCCACUGUGCAACAUGCCCGUGUUGCAGCUCGCUCAGCAGGCUGGCAGCACGGACCCCGCCGUGCCAAUACAGCAGCCUCUGCCCGGCAUCGAGAACCUGGUGUAGCAGACUCACAUCCUGUCAGACAAUACACCACGGACACACAAACGCACAUCCCAUCAGUCAUACUCUCACCUGCACAGGUACACUUUGAUAUGAGAUGGCGGACAGACCGGAGAAACUGGAGUUACAGCGGCGGCCAGGGUUGACUCUGUUGUCUUUCCAUUGGUUCACAAGAGGAUUUCCUGUUAUCAGCUCGGACUGAUAAUCAACUAUUUUCAUGUUUUUCUUUUUCGCGGACAAUGAAGAAGAGUUGAUCUAGAAGAAGCUUCUUUCUCGGCCAUGAUGUGGUCAAUAACUUUUUCACAACCAAAGCACUUUUCUGGGAACACCAGCUGAAGACCUGGAUGAAGAAAAACACAAAAGCCAAGAACUACGCUACGCUAAAAUAUAUAUAUUUUUUCUUUCUUUUUUAUUUAACAAGCACUUUACAAGAAGUCAAAACUUAAUUUCUUGUGAUCGUAGUAGCAAGGUCAUGUUUUUGUAUUUUACCAUUAACUAUUAUUUCUGUGCAGAGUGCAAAGCCAAGCGUUUUUAUUUUAUUUUAAUUAAAAUAUAAAUAUUUUGCAAAGGGACAACAAUAUUUACACCGGUAGAUGUCAGGAAAAUUUGGACGAUGGUUUCUUUUCGAGUUGCACACACGAGACAAUAACCUGAAAUCAACCUCGAGACUUUACGUCUGACUAAAUGUGAAAGAUUUCAAUGUGUUGAAACCCACAAUUUUACAAACACGAACACUAACACACUGUUUGUCAUUCACAACAAUGUUUGCAUUGUGAUAAUCCUUUUGUUAUCUUACUGCCUAAACACAAUGGUGAUACAGUGAACACAUUUUAAGUUCACUAAACAAAUUUACCUGGAAGAUAAACACUCAAAACACCCUUCAGGACCUUUUCCAACAGAAAAUCUGUGAUUAUCUGAGCAGUAUUCAUGUGAACAACCUGGUGCUUUGUGCAUAAACCAGUUGUACAGAACAAACACCAGUAACGAGGCAAUAUUAAACAAAAAUCCAUUAUAUGACAAACGUUUUAGGUUUAUUUUUGCUCUGCUGCUGCAUUGCUUUGUUUUAUUGAAGCAGAGCUGCGUGAAUAUUACGAUGGCUUGACAGUUAACACUCUUAACAAAAUAAAGCAACAAAUGUCAAAUUGUUAUUUUGAUAUAUAUUAAACUAGCGUCACAUAUCCUGCUUGAAAUGUAUUGACAGUUAGUUCUAGGAAGAGAUCAGAAGGAACCCCCUCUUUGCUUCUACCCUUCAGUCGAGUAUUUCUAUUUUUUUUAUUUUUUUUAUUUAUUACAAUUUCUUGGUACAGCUGAGUUGAGUUGGAUGAUUUGACACCUGCUCUCGGCAAAUCAUCAGCAUAUCCUUUUGCUUAAGAUACACACUACUGUGUAAAAUACAUACAGAUGCACCAAGGAAGAGGCAGCCCCCCCACCCCCCCCAAUACUCACACACACACACACCUCACAUGGGCUGCCAGAGAGUCAGUGGUCAGCAGAUUGUAAUGAAGCAACACACACACACACACACACACACACACACACACAACCACACACACACACACACACACACAGUUCAGCUUUUCUGGCUGCAGUAUUCUGGUGCUUUCGCUUCUCUCUCUCUCUUUCUGUACAGUACAGGGAAGCUUUUUGUUCCGUGCCACAAACACAGGAACCCUGAGCCUGGCUAUUGUGCAUGUUUUUGUUUUUUCUCUCUUUAGAAGCAUUUAGUAAAUGUGUAGUGGGGUAAAGCGCUGAUGUGAAAGGCAGCUUAUAAAAACCUCGCUUCACAGUGAUGAACCUAAGAUAAAUUGGAGAUUAUCAAUAACCUGUGAUGAGAUAAUCAAAUAUUAUAUUUAAAGGUACAAUCAGUGAUCUGAGGGUAAAAGAAAAAAUAGUCCCACUGACUGAAAAAUGAAAUCGGCAAUGAAAUACAUUAGACACAUUUUUAAACAAAUGUUAAUUCUGAAGCUGUUAGAGAUUUGUGUUGUUGUUGAAAUUAACAACAAAACACAACUACACUCCCUAUUCAACAAAAUGGAAUUACCUCCACCAAGGUCCAACAGUACCCUUAUGAAACCACAUUUCAAUUUAUUAGAUCCAGAUUUCUAUCUGAAAUCAAACUAAGUACCAGCCCCCUAAACAUGUCUUAUUUAUUUCAAGAUGACAGAUUAUUAUUAUUAUUAUUAUUUCACAGAUUAUUCUGCAAGAAAUCCACGAAAAUGUUGAAAUUUUUAAUCUUGCAAUUUUAAAGAAAGUGAAAAUAAAUUCCUGGAUCCACCCCUGAUCCGCAACAAAAUUCAAAGGCUUCUUACUUUGGUCAUUCCCCAUCCCAGUAGUUUUUGCAUAAUCCUGCUAAUUAAUAAACAAACAAACACGAAUGAAAACAUAACCUCCUUGAUGGAGAUAACUAAAACUCUACGGCUUGAAAUAACUUUGUGAAUAAACAGCACCUCAGAUUCAAACAUUAAAAUAUAUACUGAUUGUGUCUUUAAUAACACAACAUUCCUAAUAAGAUUAUAUUCUCCAACACCAAAUACUUUUAUGGACAUAUCUGCACAGGUUCCCGUCAUUUCAACGCCUUUCACCGUCUGCGGCAGAGAAGCCUUGUUGCUCUCACCUCUGUGGUUUGAGUGUCGGCCCGCACCCGACUGCGACAACCUUCGUCAAAUGUCAACACUCGGAUCAGAGCAAAAACAGGAUUUCUUUGUGCUGUGUGAAGCAUUUCAGUUGAUAGUUAUCAUGCCCUAAAAGAUCCUCAUACAUUCUACUUCGCUACGCCCUCUACUGAUGAGAAAACUAUUGACGCCUACAUACAAAAUAUGAUUGAUGUUGCCCACAUUAGCCUUAUUUGAACAAAAACUGCCUCAAUUACCAAACAAAAGACCAGGGCUGUGUUAAUUGGCCAUAUCACAACCUCUUUAAUCGAGUGUGUGUUGAUCACGGGAAAGGCUGUGGUUUUAUGUUGAACAAAAUAUGCAACAUAAGGGCCUUCUGUUGUGUGAAUUUUCAUUUGGUACCUUCUCCCUUCUCAGUCUUUGGUUAUGAAGAGGCUGUGACUGUUUCAUAAAACUUAACCUCUCACAGCGAACAGGGAGUGGUCCUACAUUAUUCCUCAAAACUGUACAUAAGUUAAUAAUUCUGCCACUUGUUCCGAAACCAUGACACAUUUCUUAGCUCAGUGCUAAUAACAGAAGUCUUAAAGCUACGUUCCUGCUAAGUGUUUCGUCUUUGAAUGUACGGCUCACGAGAGAAAGAAAACGAACACGAGGACAUUCAAUGUGUAAGCAUGCUACUUUGCAUUGUUAAGUUGCCACUGAUAUUACCAUUGUUAAGUGUAUGUAGACAGUAGUGUCAAUAGUUGUGUUUGUGCACAAGAAAGGCGCCUUCAUCUGAACUAAAUGGCAGCUGAACACUUCCUGCCAUUUGGGCGAUCUUAAGUGUUGUGUUUGAUUGUAAACACUUUUUCAACCUUUCCACCUGUACCCCCUCGUGUGCCGUCCUGAUCACAGUCAACUCAAAAUGUUGUCAGUGCCAAUGAGAGAGAAGGUCCUGCAGUUUGAAAAGAACAGGAGGAGAGUCUGUACGGUUUUAGCCAAAAAUAGAAAAGCAAACUGAGCCAGUGGUGAAUAUAGUAAUAAAUGGCUUCCCACCAGUAAAAUCACCAUUAAUGUCACUGCUGGUUCUGACUCCAUUAACUCCAUUAUAAAGAGAUCAGAUAGUUCAGUCACUUCACAUGAAAACAUGACCGGUACUCUGAGUAGAAAGUGACGGGCUGAUUUAUUAACAAACAAUACGCAAUUGGUACAUUAUACUUCCAGCGACCAGAGCAUGUAGGAUUCUCUAUCACUGCCUCCCUGAAGUGAACUUUCUUGUUUGUAUCGUGUUAUUUAUUCCUCUGUAACUCUAGUGGUGCCCUGCCAACUCACAAAUCCCCCCCCCACACACACUUUCUCCAAACAAACCCUCCCCUCCCUCUGCCCUCACACCUUCCCCGUUUUUUUUGUUAACACUGAUUAUGUUUGUGGACUCUCACAGACAUUGUUUGUAAAACUAAAAAUUCUGCAGCAGAAUAUUUUUAGAGACAAUUGCUGUACAGUAUUUGUAAGCUCUAUUUUUGUAUAUGUUUUUUUUUGGAGAAAAUAAUGUGCUUUUUUUUUCUUUUCUUGUUUUUUGCUAAUUUCAUGUUUAUUCAUUUUAGGAAAAAAGUUGCAUGUGACUGACUUGAACUGUAAAUAAAUUUCCUGGUUUUGGAAAGAUGUGA